CAGAGAGCAGCAUCAACACACCGAUCGACAGUGUAAUUUACCAUGGACUUUACUGAUGUGCCAAACAUAUCUGAUGGUGAAGAUCUCUAUGACAUCUUUAGGGAUAAUUACACAUUUCCUAUAUUUCCUGAGGAAUUCGUUCCUGAGAUUUCUCCCAUCCAGAUAUUUACUCUGGUUCUCUACGCCCUUGUGGUCCUGCUUGGAGUACCCGGUAAUGCCCUGGUUUUGUGGGUGACUGGCUUCCGCAUGAAACGCUCUGUUACCUCUAUUUGGUUCCUAAAUUUGGCGCUGGCUGAUCUUCUCUGCUGCCUCUCCCUUCCUCUGCUCAUGGUGCCCCUGGCACAUGAUGAUCACUGGCACUUCGGCCCGUUGGCUUGCACUCUAGUCAAAGGACUAUUCUAUUUAGUAAUGUACUGUAGUGUUCUGCAACUGGUUCUGAUCAGCUUAGACCGCCUGUUGCUGGUCAAAAGACCCAUCUGGUGUCAGAACCACAGACGUUCCAGGCAAGCUGCAUGGGCAUGUGGAAUUGUCUGGUGCCUGGCGCUGGUGGGCAGCAUCCCGCAGUUUGUCUUUGCACGGCAAAUUAAGGUUGGGGAAAUUAAGAGAGAAUGUGUAUUAGGAUACCCCCAAGAGACUGUCUGGCCGAUUGCAUCCUUUCGCUUCAUGAUGGGAUUCAUCCUUCCUCUCUUUGUGAUCAUUAUCUGUCACUUGGUGGUGUACAGCACCACUCAGAGUGGAAGGUCACGUGGUCGGGUCAAAUCUAAAAAAACUUUGAGGGUCAUUAUUGCCGUGGUGCUGACCUUCUUCUUGUGCUGGCUCCCCCUACACAUCAUGGACUUUAUCGUUUUGGCCACGAGCCGGAGUUCUCACCACAGUCCAAGAAUCUACCUGGCUCAUGUGUUGACUGUCUGCCUGGCAUAUUUCAACAGCUGCCUGAACCCUCUGAUCUAUGUGUGCAUAGGGAAAAGCUUCAAAGACAGCAUGAGCCGCUCCUUGCGCCAAAUCCUCCACUUCCCCACAGAGGAUGCAGCGUCAAAGGGGAGCGCCAUUCAGGUUGACACCAAGAGCACCAGCAAUGGGAAGGAGACGAGCAAAAUCUGAUUGACUUCAUUUUUACAAACAAAACUCAAUUUUUAUAUCUCUUGAUAUAUAUUUAAGAAGAGUUAAAACUGCAUCUGUUUUGGCCAUUCUGUUUGGAAUCCAUUGUGAAGCUUAUCCACAUAUUUUCAUCAGACAGUCCAUGUUGACCUCAUUCUAAAUGGGUAGGUGGACUCCUGCAGAAGCAGCUGUAGGGUUGAGUAACUCAUUAUUGAAAAGCAGAAUGUCUUGCAAAAUUUUUGGAUAUUUAAACACUCACUUUUCUAAAACUGCCUUUUCUCGAUUUAAAAAUAUUCAAUGCCCAUAACAUUCCAUCUCAGUACUGAAUGGGAAGGCUUGUCAUUAAUGUUGCAGUACCUCAUACAUGCCACAAGAGAGAGACGUUCUCUAAUUGUCAAAAGAUCGACUUGAAUGCAUGAUUUGAGAUUUUUUGCAAUAUUAUUUUUUGGAGACAAUAGGUGUUCAGUUGGCAUAAUGGACCGAAGGCAUUUUUUUUUUUAAUCUAAAGCAUGCAUAUUUGACAGUUCUUCAAAGUAGAUAAGAAGAACGAAAAUAAGAAUACCAUUUUCAUUUUUUUAAAAAGUUGAGCUGUUUUUUUUCUUUUUAAAGCAAAAUAAAAUGUUUUUUUUUUUCAAAAUGUUGAGCAGGAUUUUUUAAAUCAUUGUUUUACUAAAUGCUCUGAAACUGUUGUAAGAAUGUACAUUUUU